AUGGACCCCUUUGAGCGACUUCCCACCGAGCUCAUAAGCAACAUUCUCCUUUUCGCAUCAGACUUCGUGGGGUUAGAAAGUCUCCUAACUGUCUCGUCCCGAGCACGUGCCGUCUUCCAUGAUCGCCCCGGUCUGUUUUUCCAAGAGCUGGUGGAAUUGAACUCAAUCGCCUCAGCUGCACCUAUUAAAACGAUUAUCCAGAAAGUCCUACUUCUCCACAACCCCUCCUUCGACUUUCACAGCCUUGAGGAAUACAUACAAUGCACAGAGAGUUUCCAUGACCAGCCCAGAAUCUAUGCCGAUGGCGCAGAAGUCUUGCAGAUGAUGCCAAUUUGCGUACAAAUCCAACGUCUUGCAUGCAAAUGUCUACAGACAAUGCAGCAGAACUUCAUUUCCGUCGUUGGUGUCUCACCGGCAGGACCUUUGUCUGGGUCUAUUCGUGCUCAAAAGGCAGCCAAGCCCUUUUCUUGGGUCGAGGAGUCCAAUAUGUACUGGGCUUUGUGGCAUUUGAGACACUAUUCCGACCUGCAUAACUAUGCAUCUCGUCGGAAUUGGCCUCCAAAUUCCAUGAAAAGACUUAAAGAAUACCAUAGAUGGAACUCGGUCGGAACCCUGACUGCUGAAGUCAUUUCCACCGUUGCCGCGGUACUAUCCGACUUGGGUUUAAGCCCAAUCUACUCCUACCCGUACCUGGGUGAACAUGAUGAGUCUAUACAGGGGGUCUGGUGGUAUCCAUCGGAAACACCGCCGCCACUUUUUCACUCCUUUGAUCUCGAAAGGAGCAUGGAUAUCACAACUUGGCCUUUGCCGCCAACACCUCCAGAUGAUAUAGUAACAGACGCGUGGCAACUUGAUGAGGGACGCUGUGGGAAAACGCCCGGCCAUAUGGAGUGGUACAAAAAUUGGGCUCGAAUCCUAGCGUAUCAAGGGCCACAUCCUAACUACACCAUGAUAAGAAUACAACCAUAUCGAAGAGUUGGUGUUUUUAUUUGGGAUUUGUGGCGCAUGUAUUCCACUGGGUUGGUACUAUGGAAUUACAGAGAGCCGCGAAUCCGAGCACCAGAUUGGGAUGCGGCCUUGGUGGAGUUGGUGGGCGUUCAGCCUGUACCUAUGGAGGAGUGGCAUGCGAGAUGGUUUGCGCUUGCCGGGGAUACGUGUUGA